AUGACGAAACAUAAAGGACACAAGAUCUUGUUGGAUCAAGACUAUUUCGAUCCUUUGAGCGUUCAAGUCGACGUCGGACUGCCUCCUCCACCGUCUCCCAGUCAUAAAAUCGAGCAGCUCAAAAUCAAAACCAGAUCGUUCUCACACAUAUCAUACUCACAAUUUUCGGCUCAGGCUUCAACACUUACAGGCUCUGAUCAAGUCUCUUCACAAUAUGCAUCGCACUGCUUUUCCAACAGAAACACGAUGACAGAGAGACAAAGGGGUAGCAGCCCCAAAAGGGCAGUUUCCUCGCCCCUUCAUUUACAAAAUAACGGUUCAGACUCUUCACUAGUCACAAGUUUCAUCAAUAGCUACAAAGAUAUGGGUGAUUCUGACUCCCAUCCUGCGAACUCUGACUCGGAGCACUCCUUAUUCUCGAUUCAAACUCACUCUUCCAGAGAAUCCUUACCCAAACCUGAUAUCAUCAAUACCUACUCGAAACCACUACCUUCUAUUCCGAUCGAAACUUUCAACCAAGCUGAUGUGAGAGACUACAAUCUCAGCACUCCGUGCCGCCAAACUUACUCCCAGUCUCCACCAAAACCGAAACCGCAACCCAAAAAACACCACAUGGCUCCUCCUGAUACAACCAUCUUCACCAGAAAGCCAACGUACGUCAGAAAACAGCAUAGAUCACCUUCUGAUCAGGCGGUACGUGAUGCUGGGGUCGAGCCAUUCAUGCUCACAGGGUAUGAGCCAACCAAAACGUUAAAGAUCGUGAAUUAAAUAGCUACUCUGAAAUAUAAGGAUGUGCUAAUUGAUAUGCCCCAAUCGAGCAGCUUUGAAUCGACUUGUCUUUACUGGCUCGAUAGGCUCAUAUUCUUUUUCUCUCUCGCUCUUUUGGAAUCCUCCGUUAUACUGGUGUAUCAUUUUGGUUCGCAGUCUCGUGUAGUCCAUUGCAACAUUCGCUUCCAAAACCUCGUCAGCCAGUUCAAUGUCAGGAUCCUCGUCAGCCUCGUCAAUCUCAUUUUCCACAAUUUUGUCCACUAAGACCGUGUCGUCAUCUUCUUCCUCUUCAGAUUCUCCCUCCCGUUCUUCUGGCAACUCUACCGGUUUGGAUUCCACUAUUUUAUUAUGAGACUCAAAAUCAUCGAGUUUCUCAAUAACUUCGCCAUGGGUCUCUAUGUCAUCGUCGUACAUUCCCAGCGUAUAAGCCCUAGCCAUUGUAUCCAGAUCGUCUUGCAUAGCCCUGUAGUCUAGGGAGGCUGGAACAGCAGAUAUUUUCGAGCUAUCGUUAUCAGACUGCUCCUCAAUGUCUCUUUCAACCACAUCAUGCAUGACUUCCUCUGAGUCUUCGUCCGAAAAGGUCUCAUGACUAACACCCCGCUGUCGGCGCUGAAGCUUGAAACGAGACAGUCUGGUUUUUUCGGUCUUCUUCAGCUCUUCAGAAACAUUUUCCAUUUCCUUCACUUGCACAGAUUCUGCAAAUGUGACGCUCUUCUUCUUCGCUUCUGCUUUGUUAGGUUCAGGAAGAUUCUGCAAAACAUCCUUCUCCUGUUUUUUCUGCCUUAAUUCUGCUAUCUGCUGUAGGAACAUACUUCUUGCGCCGCCUGGAACAACUUUGACAUAGCUCUCAUCAUCAUCGUCAUCAUCGUCAUCUUCUUCUUCCUCUACUUCAUCUUCUUCUCUUUCAAAUGCUCGUGGCAAUUCGCUCUCAUCUUCGUCGAAAUCUUCGUCAUCAAAGUCCUCAGCAAUCAUCUCGAGAGUCAGGAUAUCUUCCGGGUCAAUAGCAGGCUUUCCUGGAGCAUAAUCAGAAGUGGCCUCGGAAGAUUCACGGAAACCUGCUGUUUCCUUUGUUUCCUUUGUUUCCUCUUUUUCACUUUUCACUUUCAAGUCUGUCUUGGGAGCAAUAUCCAUAUCUUCCAAAAGUUCAGCAAGUUGUUCUCGAUCCUCAUCAAUUUUCUUCUGCUCUUCUUGAGAUAGUUCCUCGAUUUUCUGCGCUUGAGUGAGCGUAAUCUUCUUUUGCGGUUCAACUUUAGCAGACUCUGUAGUGGUAGCAUAAUCUGCUUUUUUUUGCUGUGAAGGUGCAUCCUUAUGUGCUGCCGAUCCAUUUUUGGAAUCGUUGAUUUCGGGUUCCGCUGACCGAGCAGAUUCGACACGCUGAUUCCCAUUUGACAUUUCCGCAUAGGGUUUCACAUCACCGGAUAUCACAUGGUCUUCAUCAUCCAGCUCCUCACGAAUCUCCAUUAUAGGCAACUCGUCUGGUGUGGGCUCUUUGUGUUCGUACUCAUCAAUCUUUUUCAAGCUUUCAAACAGUUCCAUCAGCUUUUUCUUCGAAGCCUUCCGCUCCUCUAUUUCCUUGUCCAAUCUGUUGAUUUCCGAGUCCAGGUUCUUUAUCUUUUCCUUAACCCAUUGUUCUUCCUUUGCUGCCUUGUCUUUGAAUACUGUGCAUUUAUCUCCCACUUCUUCGUUCUUUUCCUGCACAAAAUGGCGAGUCAAGUUAGCAAACGUGUGAAGGUGAUUAACCUCAAACUCGUAGAGUUGCUUAACCCCGAUCAAGUUGUACAGAAUAGAAUCUAUAAGAGAUAUCUCGUUUUCC